GCUGAAGCGUCAUCGGCUCCUGUCAGACUCUUCAUUCUCUGUCGGAGCUUCGACAGGUCACACGCGCUUCCUUCAUCCGCUGCCGGAGACGUUUGUCUCCGAAUCAUCGGGUCAAGAUGAGACUUUUGGCUCUUCUGUUCCUCCUGGAGAUCCACGCUGCUGCUGCAGUGUUUCAUUCACUCAGGUAUUUUUACACUGGAUCAUCUGGAGUUCCAAACUUCCCUGAGUUCGUGGCUGUUGGGUUGGUGGACGACGUUCAGUUCGUUCACUACGACAGCAACAGCAGGAGAGCUGAGGCCAAACAGGACUGGAUGAAGCAAGUCAUCGCUGAUGAUCCAAGUUAUGUAGAGAGAGAGACAGGGAACUUCAUUGGUGACCAGCAGGCCUUUAAGAACAACAUUGGAGUCGCAAAACAACGAUUCAACCAAACUGGAGGGGUUCACACUGUUCAGAGGAUGUACGGCUGUGAGUGGGACGAUGAGACCGGAGAGGUCAGAGGUUAUUAUCAGGAUGCUUAUGAUGGAGAAGACUUCAUCGCGUUCGACCUGAAGACUCUGACAUGGAUCGCUCCAACGCCACAGGCUGUCAUCACCAAACACAAAUGGGACAAUCUUGAUGGUCAAAACAAAAUGUAUCAGCACUACUUCACCCAGAUCUGUCCUGAUUGGGUGAAGAAGUAUCUGAACUACGGCAAGAGCCGCCUACUGAGAACAGAGCUUCCAAGAGUGGCUCUCCUCCAGAAGAAGCCCACCUCUCCAGUCGUCUGCCACGCCACAGGUUUCUUCCCCGCAGGAGCCAUGUUGUUCUGGACCAAAGACGGAGAGGAGCUUCACGAAGACGUGGACAUGGGAGAGGUUCUUCCCAACCCUGACGGAACCUUCCAGAUGACGGCCGAGCUCAGACUGUCGGACCCGUCCGUGGACUGGGGGAGGUACAGCUGUGUGUUCCAGCUGGCUGGUGUGAAGGAGGACGUGGUGACUCGGCUGAGGAAAGAAGACAUCUGGACCAACAGAGAGCCCGACCUGAACCUGGGGCUCAUCGUGGGAGCUGUGGUGGCAGCUGUGGUCGUACUUGGUCUGAUGGUUGCUGGGUUCUUCGUCUACAGAAGAAGAACUGCCAACAACACCUCUGAGGAGGAUCUGCUGGACAAACACCCUCCUGCUCCUGCUCCUGCUGCUUCUGAUCCACUGUUGUCUCCCCAAGAUGGAGGUCAGGGUGAGUGAGAGUGAGUCACUUGGAUGACAUCACCCUCCCUGAUCCAUCAUCUGGACCCUCCAUCUGUGAUCAACUCAGCUCCAGGGGUUUGGAUUCUUGUCGUGCAGCAGUGAACUUGAGCCGAGCUUCAGCUGGGGAAGAGGGUCAGAGGUCGUGGACCCUCAUGUAGAAUCCUGGCUUCAUGAAUGAAUAUGGGUUUGUAGCUUUGGAAAUGAUUUCAUCUCUAAAUCAGCGAUGGGUUAUUUUUAUUAUCUCUUGAUGGUUUAUGUUCCAUGGUUUUCAUGUGAACAACAGUGUAUAUUUGGGGAAUAUUUGGGUUUUCUCUCCUGUUUUCUUUUGCACUGAUGCUUCAGCCGCUUGUGUGACGCUUCAAUAAACUCACCCCAAAAUCUGA